AUGUCACACUCAGCGCCCCAACCCCCCAAAUCAGAAGCCUACACCACCGCAUCAAACCCGACGACAAGGAACCCGGUCGAGAACGCGGCGGCACAAGGAAGCGAAGCCAGCGCGCGCGACGCAACACUAGGCCGCACCGCUUUCCCAUCUUCACAGUCCCAAAAGGCCGAUGAUGCCGUGCCGAGCUCCCUGGGCUGGGGCGUGCAUUCUUCCGGCCCUGUCAGCGAAACAGAGAAGCGGAACACGGUAUACAGCGACCGGGCAGCAAGAGAAGGACCCGAGAACGCGAACGUAGAAGCUGAGCAGCUAGAGACGUUUGCUGAGGGCAAGGUUGCCGACGCCGUUGACCGCAAGAGCGGGGGGCAGAAGGUCCCUGGCCAGGAGCUUCACUUUGACGACUAUGCUGAUGGGCUAGAGAGGAAAAAGGAGGAGCAGCAGCAGGCGAGGGAAGCUGUGAAGGAAGCGAGGCGACAGGGCGUGGAUGUUGAUGGUGGAUUUGGAAACAGAGGUUGGAAUGAGGACAAUCGAGACGUUUGA